AUGGUCAAGUUUACUCACCAGCUGUCUUGCUGGGCUAUCCUCCUUGUCUUGUUGCUUUGCCAAGUACUCGACGCUGCAGACCUUGGUGACGAGCCCAAGACGCCCGCAGGCGAGCUUCAAAUUCGUCUUGAUUGGCCGUUAGCCAAAAAAAGCGAAAGUGGACAAGCAGCCAGACUCACGUGGUUAUUUUCAACUCACAUCACUUUCAACGAGCCAGUCAAGGAUAUCUCAAGGGCACAGCUCGGUGGCCUAGCCCAGAAUGCGUACCUGGAGAUGGAGACUGACAUCAAGCAAUACGGUGUUAAGUACAAGCCAGGGAAAAAGAUCUUGGCGAUGCCUGGUGUUAUUACCUUGUUGGCUUUCGAUAAUGAGAUUAUCUUGAGCUCCUCCAUGCGGGGCCCCAAUCUCAUCACAGGCUUUGAGGAUACUUCCCUAUGGGCGCGGCUCAAUAUGUGCGACGAACUUUACAAACAAUACAUCGACGAAAAUGAUGUGAGAGGCCAUAAGAAUGAGCGAUCGUGUGGAGAGAUUAUGGCCCUACACCAAUACCUUAAAAGAUAUCCUGAGAGGGACAUGCAAGAGCUCGCCGCUAGGGACCCAAAGGUCAUUAUGACCACUGUCACCCAGCCGAACAAACAGCCCAUCAAGAUCAUUAAGCCUUGCGGAACAGAUGAGGUUAGUGAGACACAUUAUCUAAAGUUUUAUGAUGAUACUAAUUACUUCUUUAAGGAGGGCGCUCAUGGCUGUGACCUGCUGGUAGGAGGAUUUCGCGACAACGACGGUAAUGAAAUUGAAGGCCCAAUCGCAGAUUAUAUUCCUCAGGAUUCCCCGAUAGACACAGACUUUGAACUCGAGGACUUGGCUGGUGGCGUUAAAGAUAUUGACCAGAUAGGGUCGUUGUGCGACUAG